UAGAACUAAAGUUAAUUUUCAAACUUUUCCUCUUUCAUUCCAAGUUGGGAUCACCUUAUCGUCGUAUGAUCUGUACUUUAUUAGCAUUUUAUUCUUUAUUUUCAAGAUCAAUGGCGGAAGCACGAGAAAGAACUUUUAUUAUGAUCAAACCAGACGGUGUCCAACGUGGACUCGUCGGUAAGAUUAUUAAACGAUUUGAACAAAAAGGAUUUAAACUUGUAGCAUUGAAAUUUAUGUGGCCUUCUGAAGAAUUAUUAAAAAAACAUUAUGCUGAUUUAGCUGGUAAACCAUUUUUCCCCGGUUUAGUUAAAUAUAUGAGCAGUGGACCAGUUGUACCAAUGGUAUGGGAAGGUUUAAAUGUUGUUAAAACAGGACGUGUUUUAUUAGGUGCUACAAAUCCAGCUGACUCAGCCCCAGGUACAAUUCGUGGUGAUUUAUGUAUUCAAGUAGGUCGUAAUAUAUGCCAUGGAUCAGAUGCCGUGGAAUCGGCAAAGAAAGAAAUUGAUUUAUGGUUUACUGAAAAAGAAGUAGUUUCAUGGCAACAAGCUAAUAACGCAUGGGUUUAUGAAGAUUAGGAAUGAAGUACCUAUUUUAAUUCUAAAUGAAAGAAGUAAUUGUUUUCCAGUGCAUUGCUUUUACACAUACCUUUUACACUCGAAAAGAAACCGUUAAAUAAAUUAUUAAAAACUAAAAA